GGGUGACGACGUGUGAUAUGUUCACCGUUUAGCGGAGCGUGUCUACAUCGCACGCCGCAGACAGGAGCCCCGAAACAAAAGCAAAGAGCGAGGAGAAAGAUGGUGGACGAGUGCUGCUUUUUUGAUUGCUGCGUUUUUGAACACUCACCGCAGAAGGGGAAAGAGCGUCGGAUUGGCUCCCCGGGCGGAGCUGAGGGAAGAAGACUUUUUUCUGUUUUCAUCACAACUCGGCACACGCCGCAGCACCCGAGAACUCGCUUCUGCCUUCGUCUCCAGCGCGGUGGUGCCAUCGGCAUUGCUCAGCACCCAUGGCUCCCCGGCUGCCGGAAGUGUUCACGGUCGUGGUCCUGACAACGUUAAGCCUAGCGUCGGGUCUGCAUGCCGCUAAGGAACGGAACGAUGACUUUUCCCUUUGGAUUGACGAAAAGCAAGUCCGAGAGUUCAGCGGAUUUCCUAUGGAAAUAUUCGCCAUAGUUAACGGCGUGGUCUUACCAUACAUAUUAGACCCGAACUUUGAAAAGUAUUUGCCUGUCAUUCCUUCUGAAGUGGAUUCUGUGAAUUUCACGUGGAAAGCUGGCGAAAAUAAGCAUUACUACUAUGACUUUGACGUUCUAGAAUCAUUUGAUGGCUCGAUUCUAAAAGACCCUCUGAUAUCCAUUGAAACUAAAGGCAAGGUACCUAGAAAGCCCAAAGUGUUUCAGGUGUUCCUGCCGUGUCUAGGCAAUGUAUCUGGAACAGCUUCCUUUGGAAUCGGAUUGCAGAUCCAAAACGAAAAAGGUCGGAUUUUGUCCGGCACACCACUGAGACUGCGCCUGCAGAAACAAUGUGCUGACAACAGUCCCGACCCCGAGUGUGACAAAAAGUGUGCCAAUGGGGGCCGCUGCAAUGCAAACAAGAUCUGCGAGUGUCCAAAACGGUACAUGGGUCAAUACUGUCGGACAGCCCUCUGUUACCCACAAUGCAUGAAUGGUGGAACGUGCACGGCACCGGGUGUCUGUGACUGCGCAGUGGGAUAUCAGGGACCUCAUUGUGAAGGAGGGAUCUGCACAGAAAAAUGUCUGAAUGGCGGGAAGUGUAUCCAAAAGGACACCUGCGCAUGUCGGAGAGGCUACUACGGUCCACGUUGCGAGUACAGCAAGUGCACCAUUCCCUGCCUGAAUGGUGGUCGCUGCGUUGGCGUCGACCAAUGUCGCUGUACAAGGAGCUACACGGGGCUGCAGUGUGCAGAACGAGUCGACAAUCCUGCUCUCGUGCAACGAGAUCAUUGUCAGAGACGCUGCGUGCACGGGGUCUGUGUGCGGAACAACCGAUGUCUGUGUGACGAGGGCUUCUACGGACGAAGAUGCGCCAGACGUAGGUUCACCUAGACAAAAGACGAGAAGGAGGAAGCAAUUUGUUUGAAGGCGUGCUCGAACGACACCAGCAGAAAAUGCCUUGCAGAGGUGCCUUCUCUUCCUCUGCCUCGCAAGAGUCCAGAUUCUGGACAGUGCCAAACCAGUGCCAACAACAGCAGCAAAAUAUAAAAAAAUAUAUAUAGUAUAUAUAUUUCUACAGACUGUGAUGCUGCAGUGGGUGUGUAUGUGUGUGCUCAUUGAGCGUGAACUCUAGUGUCCCAAACUGCGGAAGAUGUGAAAUUCAAAGUCCAACGGUUGCAUUCUGUGGAGCCUGCCCCACGUGGAGACCGUAGUGUUAUUUCUUCCGUUUCAUCAGCAAUCACUGCUCACUUCGAGCCAACAGUGAAUUCCAAUACACACAACAAAAUUGAGACAAAGAGCAGAAGCACGCACUCCAAAAUCAGACGGCUCAAGUCUACGAUGAGAUUCCACGCAUGUAAAUUGAUCAGGAAAUAAAAUUGGGUGCCGCACACACAAUGCAAAGUGAGGCUAUCACGUAUUCA